GCCGCCGCCGCCGCCGCAGCAGCAGCCGGCACUGGGCAGCGCGCCGUGCCCCCGCCAUGGAGCAGCUUCGCCGGGCCCGGAUGCCCCCCUCGCCCCUCCUCCUGCUCCUGCUGCUCUUGGUGUCCGUGCAGGGGGCAAAGGACAAAUGUGUAACGGAGCUGUACACAGCCAGCGGAGAGUGCUGCAGAGCGUGUAACCUGGGAGAGGGUGUGGCUCAGCCCUGCGGGGUCAACCAGACCGUCUGUGAGCCCUGUCUGGACAGUGUCACCUACUCGGACACAGUGAGCGCCACGGAGGCCUGCAAGCCGUGCACGGAGUGUGUGGGGUUGCAGAGCAUGUCGGCGCCUUGCGUGGAGUCGGACGACGCCGUGUGCCGCUGCGCCUACGGCUACUACCAGGACGAGCAGACCGGGCGCUGCGAGAUGUGCCAGGUGUGCGAGGUGGGCUACGGCCUCAUGUACUCCUGCCUGGAUAAGCAGAACACCGUAUGCGAGGAAUGCCCUGAGGGCACCUACUCCGACGAGGCCAACCACGUCGACCCCUGCCUGCCCUGUACCAUCUGCGAGGAGACCGAGCGUCAGAUCCGAGCCUGCACCCGCUUCAGCGACGCCGAGUGCGAGGAGAUUCCACCGCGCUGGACCACUCGGACCCCGUCGCUGCUCGGCUCCAGCAGCCCCACCCCCUUCAGCCCGGACCCCUCAGAGCCGGACGUGGCGGCCAGCACCCUGGCGGAUGUGGUCACCACGGUGAUGGGCAGCUCGCAGCCCGUGGUGAGCCGGGGGGCGGCCGACAACCUCAUCCCCGUCUACUGCUCCAUCCUGGCCGCGGUGGUAGCCGGGCUGGUGGCCUACAUCGCCUUCAAACGGUGGAACAGCUGCAAGCAGAACAAGCAGGCCGCCAACAACCGGCCUGUGAACCAGACCCCAUCGCCCGAGGGUGAGAAGCUGCACAGUGACAGUGGUAUAUCGGUGGACAGCCAGAGCCUGCACGACCAGCAGCCACAGACGCAGACCGCUCAAGUCCAGGCCCCGAAGGGCUUCGGGGUGCCGUUCGUCAGCCUGCCCCCGGCCAAGCGGGACGAAGUGGAGAAACUGCUCGACGGGUCGUCGUCGGGGGAGGCGUGGCGCCACCUGGCGGGGGAGCUGGGCUACCCGGCGGAGCACAUUGACUCGUUCGGGCGGGAGGCCUGCCCGGCCCGGGCCCUGCUGGCCAGCUGGGCCGCCCAGGACAGCGCCACGCUCGACGCCCUCCACGCCGCCCUCCGCCGCAUCCAGCGCGGAGACAUCGCCGAGAACCUCUACAGCGACUCCACCGCCACCUCCCCCGUCUGAAGGGCCCGGACCGGGGCCGGGACCCCAACCCCCAGGGCGGCGGCGGCGCCGGGGCC